CAAUUGGGAGGCAGAGCCCAAGGAUCGUGUCUUAUUCUGCACAUAACUUAUGUUCUGGGAGAUCCAAUCUUCAUACCACGGCAGUGGUGUCUAUGGGCUCAGCUGACCACCGAUUCAACCUGGCUGAGAUCCUGUCCCAGAACUACGGAGUACAGGAAAAGACGGAGGACGAGGACGAGGAGCAAGACCAUCCCCAGGAGAAAGCAAAGCCUUUGGAAGAGCUAGAGAAGAGUUUCAAUGCCUCUCAGAACAGUGAGAUGCCCUUUGAAGAGCUUCUGGCACUGUAUGGCUAUGAGGCUUCUGACCCCAUCUCUGAGCAGGAGAGUGAGAGCAAUGACGCCACACCCAACCUUCCAGACAUGACCCUGGAUAAGGAGCAGAUAGCAAAGGACCUACUUUCUGGGGAAGAAGAAGAAGAGACGCAGUCUUCGGCAGAUGAUCUGACUCCUUCGGUCACUUCUCAUGAUGCGUCAGACCUUUUCCCCAAUCAGACUGGCUCUAAUUUUGUUGCAGACGGAGACAAGGCUGCUUGCUCCUCCCCUUGUGCUUCCUUCUCAGCUGAAGACUCUGAAGAAGAUUCCAUACCUCCUAAUGAUUGCAAGAAGGAGAUCAUGGUGGGACCUCAGUACCAGGCAGUUGUCCCUCUCCUGCACUUGAACAGGCAGGGUGAAAAAGUCUAUGAAAAUGAUGACCAGUUGCUGUGGGACCCGAACAUCCUCCCUGAGAGGGAGGUGGAAGAAUUCCUCUUCCGAGCUAUCAAGAGGAGAUGGGAUGAAGUCUCCAAUGCCAGCCUUCCAGAAGGAGAGAUGGUGAAGGAUAAUGAACAAGCACUCUACGAAUUGGUGAAAUGUAACUUCAAUGCAGAAGAAGCAUUGCGGCGACUCCGGUUCAACGUGAAGGUCAUUCGAGAUGAGCUCUGUGCCUGGAGUGAAGAAGAAUGCAGGAACUUUGAACAUGGAUUUCGGGUGCAUGGAAAAAACUUCCACCUUAUUCAAGCCAACAAGGUUCGUACCCGGUCGGUGGGUGAGUGCGUGGAAUACUAUUAUAUAUGGAAGAAGUCGGAGCGAUACGACUACUUCACCCAACAGACGCGGUUUGGAAGAAAAAAGGAUUACGUGGAUAACUUUUUAGAUGGCGGGGAAGUGGAAAGCGCUAACCGCUCACGCGGCUCCCCACCCAUCGCGUCGGCCACUAGUUGCCUGGACUCCUGUUUCAACGCGGAUCAUUUAACAAUGGAGAGCACAGAGCCGUUGAGCAUCGAGAGCGCAGCCUGCAGUCUGGGCAGCACCAGUGAAUCUGGGCACGGUUACGAAUGCAGCACGCCUUCAGAAACAAACUGUUCCUUUGACCCCCCCGAGGAGGUGCCCCUCGCUAGCCGUGUCCCAACUUACCUUCAGCACCCACCAAAUCCCUCUGAAGCUGGAUUCUACCCGAUGGCUGCAGCAGACAAGCCGGAGGAGUCCUUGCGGUGCUCGGGAGAAGCUAUCGCCGUGGACUUCACCCUCCCUGAGAGCGUCACAGAAAGGCUACCUUUAAUUUCCAGCCACGCGGGACUGGAAAGAGAUCCAGAGACGUUGGUAGCCCCUGCGCAAGUGUCCUUAUCUGUCCCCGAUUUCAGCAUCCUCGGCCUUGGAGAUGUAAAUAGCUUCCUGGCCUCUCAGCAAACCUGUCCGGCACCGGUGGCCCAUUCAGACUCGUUGUCUCAGUGACGGUGGCCCCCGAGAGGCCCAUUGUAGGCCAGGAGCAACCAGGACUCCGUGGGCCCAAGGGGACAGGUCAGAGACCUCGCUCGAUUAUUAUCUCUGUCUGGGCCUUGAUGACAAGCCUGCUGCUCUUCCUCUUCCCAAACCUGAGGAGCGCCAGUUCCCCACCCGCCCCAUCCCUCAAAGUUUCAAUGUCUCUCCAGCAAAACCAAACGCCUCCGUCACAAUCUCCUGCACAGCUUUCCUGGGAGCUGGCAGAAGGGAACUGUGGCCCCCAUGGGGUCAUCAUGGACGGGGAGCCCAAAGCCAUGCGGGACAGACAGAGUCUUCCCCCACCCGCCGUCUCCACAUUCAGCCAAACGCCUCACGUCGCCAGUUGAAGGUGCUUUGGCCCCAGAACGGACACCCUGCAGGGAGGAAGGCUGACCACGAGCACUUUGAAGAGGGAGGGGCUGGAUUGGGGUGUAAUGGAAGGUUUUCUGGCGUACAGGACUAGACGUGAAAUGCAUCGGGUUCCUGAUGAUGAGGAGCAAAUAGGGUAGAGAAUACCUGAGUUUUAGUUUCAGUGUCAGGACUGGUACCUCUCUGUUUUUGUCUUUUCUGUACACCUGACGUUUGUGUGUGUGUGUGUGUGUGUGUGUGUGUGUGUGUGUACAAGCGCGCAGGCACAUGUGCGUAUGUGGAACGACUUGUUGCCAAAUUUUGUGACUGCAUCCUGUGUUGUUAGGACGAAUGGAAAUGCUGUUUGGUCCUGUUUCUCCUCCCCGUUACUUCUGACUGUUGGGGGCUUCCUAGAACGCAGGUGCAGUUUCUGGGCAGAAGCAGUCCAGAGCAAGGCGGUUCUCUCUGAUCCUAGUGUUUCCCAGCCUUGGCCACUUUAAGAUGUGCAGACUUCGACUUCCAGAAUUCCCUAGCCAACAUUCAUGGAC